AUGCCUUUCUUAAGGAAGAUCACUGGAAAUGGUCAUUCGCAUUCACGAUCAGGAUCUGGGUCAUCAAUAAAAACUUGGUCUCAAGAAUCUAGCUCAUCGAAUCCACACAGACACGCGGCACGCCUCCCCUCCAAAUCAUCAAUCUCAAAGAAAACUCUUUCCCCGGAAUGCAGAAAUUCGGUAGCAAGUGGCGAUUCUCAUCAUAGUUCCAGCAGUGAAAGCUUAUCAAAUAAAGAAAAACCAGCUGCUGUUGAAGAAUCCAUAUUUGGGUUCGAGGAUCAUGGAUCUUCGUCAGGACGCACACAAAAUGGAAGCCAUUAUUUUGGCAGCGAAUCUGCAAGUUUUGUUGCAUCUCCGGAUACAAGAAAAUCAUCUGGCGGGAGUUUGAACAGUUUGUCCUUCGAUAAAUUGAUUUUAUCAUGGGACCCAACAGAUCCUGACGAAUGGACUAUGAAGAGAGUUGCUUCUUGGCUGAAAUUCCAUGAGUUCCCUGAAUCUUGGAUUUCCUUUUUUCGAAAGCAUCAGGUAUCCGGUCAUAAGUUCAUCAGGCUAUUAGCAUAUGACAAUUUUGCUGUGUAUGAGAAAUACUUAGCAUUGUCAAAGAAUGCCUCAUACACACGCUUUCAAUAUUUGUUGAAGCAAACUAUGAAAAAAAAUGUAUCCAAUAAUCAUUUGCGUCAAAAAAGCUUAGACAAGAUUAAAGACUCAAAAAGCUCCAAUGAAUCUAUCAGGUCAAAACAUGGCAAGAACUUAUCCCAGAAUGACAUUCAUUCUUAUAGAUCAGCAUCUGAGUCAGCUUUGACAACUAUUACCAAGACGAACGUAACGAAACCUGAAGAAAAUAUAUCAACUGUAGCUGUACGAACUCAUCAAAAGACAAGAAGUGCGGGUGCACUCUAUAGAAGGAGUCUGAUUUCGUUGAGGGGAUCCUCUUCAGGUAGUCCCGAGGUGAUGAAGCAACCGGCAAAUAUCAAAUUGAAUAUUCCUCCGAGGCCGCCAUCAAUAAUCGAGAACUCUGGGGACACGUCUAAAUCUGCAUCACCGCCGGUGUCGCCCUCAUAUCCAAGUAUAUUCCGAAAACAUCAAAAGAGUAGCUCAUCUGAGUCUUCCUUACUCAAUACCCUUUUUGGCUCUAAUAAUAGCUCUACUAAUCAUGAUGAGCAACUUAUUCGGUCAUAUUCGAAUAUAUCUAAUAUGUCAAACGAAAAUACCACUAAAACAAAAAAUCAUGCAUUUGAAGCAUCUUCUUCUUCUCCAUUAAAGCAGUCUCCUGUAGUUCAUGAUGAAAAAAAUUCCCUGUGGGAAAAGUUGAAGAGGAGGAGUCAAAUGCCGGGCUCUGCAAUCACUGCCCAACCGUCACCAUUGGCAUCACCUUUUGUUGUACCUCCUACUCUGCCAGUACCAGUGUCCUCACCUACAGCCUCCUCAGAUCUAACUUCCGACAAGAGUGCAGGCACCUUGACACCAGCGGAUGCUGAUCCGUCGACUGCGAUGCCAACUCCUUCACGGCAGGCGAAUCAAUCGACAAUGAAUUUCAAAAAGCCCAAUAAUGGUGUGCAUUCUGCAAAUGAUAAAAAAGAAUUUUACGAAAAGAGUUUUCUUCUGGAUGAUAAGUACUAUCCUUUGAGGUCUAAAGAUACUGGAAAUGACAGAUACGUCUUGAUUACAAAAGAUAAUAGGUCGUUCAUUCCAAUGAAUAUUGGAAUGAUAACAAGUCUAGAUGAAUUUAAGGAUUCUGUUACUCUCAUUUUGGGAAUUGCUCAUAAGGAUAUUACUAUACAUUUGACAGACUUUGGUUGCGAAAUAGGCUCUGCUUUGUGUGAUAGCAUUUUGGAAAGAUUAAGGUCUAGCCUGUUUUUGAACACGGCAGGAAAAAUAUUCAUAAAAGAUCAAACAAAAAUGAAUCUGAAAUCAAAGCCCACAUCCUUAAGUGCAGACCACCACCUCAGGUCUGUUCAAAGUAAGAACUCGGUUAGAUCUGUAAGCAACAGUGUUGCUAACUCAAAUGAUGAAAUUUCAAUAGUAACAUCAUCCUCAGAUUUAACAUCAUUUGACGAUCUCAACUCUGGGCAGACCAGAAGAUACCCACAAACUCCCAACCAUUACUAUGAAAAUGCAGGAAACAACAAUAAUGGCGAAGAGCUCAACUACUGGAAUGUUAAAGACCAUAUACUAGAAGGUCGCGUGUCCCCAAAAGUGGCUAAGUACCUAAAUCAAGGUACAUCUGCCAACUCAGAGCUUUCAACAGAAGUCGGCCGGAAGGGAACGUUCCAAAUCUUAAGAAAAGAUGAUGCGAACGAAAUUGAUUUUAAUAAACGGCGGGAGUCUCCCUACACUCAAACGGAAUUGGCUCCCAAGCGGGAAGCUCCUAAGCCUCCAACAACAUCAUCGCCUCAAAGAUCUUUGUCAAUUUCAAGUCAGGUUUCUGCACCAUAUCUCCGGACAAACAAUUCCAAAUUGUAUAGACGGAGAAACUCGAAGCCUGUUGCUCCUAUGUUGAUGGGCUCUCCUAUUGAAUCAUUGAGUCCAUCUUCAGAAACUGUGAUCACCUCUUAUACUCCAGGUUCGAGCCAUGUUUUGGUACCGCAACCCUAUAAGGGUGCCAGCGAGAAUCCGCGAAAGCUGAAAUCAGACGAAGAACUUCAAACGAAUCCAGUAUCGGCUUUCAUUAACAAAAAAAGGACGAAUAGGUCUGAUUCUACCACUUCUUCAAAUUCAAAUUUUCAUAUGCCACCUACAUUGCUCAAAAGAGGCAGUUCUAAAAGAAUUGUAUCAUCCGCUUCAGCUGCCGACAUUUUUGAAGAAAAUGACAUAACAUUUGCCGAUGCUCCCGAACUCUCCGAGUCAGACUCGGAAUCUAACAGAAGCUCGUCAUCUGAUGAUAUCAUAUGGUCCAAGCCGCAGGAAACUUCGACUGAAGAAGACAAAAAACUGUCAAAGAUUCCUAGCCAAGAAACAACCAACUCGGAGAUUUCCUCCGCUAUAAAAAGUCACAAGUUGGAACGGAAGAUGACUCUUAGACCAUCGCCAGAGGUUGUCUAUCAAAAUCUUGAGAAGUUUUUUCCCCGUGCCAAUUUAGACAAGCCUGUGCUGGAGGGAACAACACCUCCUGCCUCUCCUAAGUCUUCCGACAACAUGAAAAUGUCCAAGGUUAUUGAUGAAAAACUUACACAACAACACAAUAAUCAUAAGAGUGCAACAAUUAAUAGUGACACUAUUUCAGCAAAGAAUGAGAAGACUGAGGUCUCACAUGUUUCAAAAGAGCGAUUGCCAAAAAGAGCAAAAACAAUUAGAACUAUCGCACAUGAGGCUAGUGAAGCACGUAAACAAUCAAUGAAGCUUAGAAGACAGAAUACAAAAAUGUGGGGUACAAAAACUGUUGAAGUCACGGAUAAGAGACUUGUUUCAAUCAACAAAUCAAAGAAUUCCAAGGGUGAAUAUAGAGAGUUUGCUUGGAUGAAGGGAGAAAUGAUUGGAAAGGGCUCGUUUGGUGCCGUUUAUUUAUGUCUUAAUGUCACUACGGGUGAAAUGAUGGCGGUAAAACAAGUUGAAGUACCAAAAUAUGGCUCUCAAAGCGAAGCCAUUGUUCAAACUGUUGAGGCUUUAAGAUCUGAGGUUUCGACAUUAAAAAACUUGGAUCAUUUGAAUAUUGUGCAGUAUUUGGGAUUUGAAGUAAAAGAAAACAUCUAUAGUUUGUUUCUUGAAUAUGUCGCUGGCGGCUCAGUUGGAUCACUGAUUAGAAUGUAUGGGAGAUUUGAUGAAGUAAUGAUAAAGCAUUUGACCACCCAAGUUUUGAGAGGUUUAUCCUAUUUACAUUCCCGCGGAAUUUUGCAUCGUGACAUGAAAGCAGAUAACUUACUAUUAGAUCAAGACGGUGUUUGUAAGAUAAGUGAUUUUGGUAUCUCGAGGAAGUCUCAGGAUAUUUACUCGAACUAUGAUAUGACAAUGAGAGGUACGGUAUUCUGGAUGGCUCCUGAAAUGGUUGAUACUACUCAAGGUUACAGUGCAAAAGUUGAUAUCUGGUCUCUAGGUUGUAUUGUUUUGGAGAUGUUUGCGGGCAAAAGACCAUGGUCAAAUUUUGAAGUAGUAGCUGCCAUGUUCAAGAUUGGUAAAUCGAAAUCAGCACCUCCUAUACCCGAAGAUACUCUACCACUUAUUUCAAAAUCUGGAAGGGAAUUCUUGGACGACUGCUUCAAGAUCGACCCUGAAAAACGGCCAACUGCAGAUAAGCUUCUUUCCCACCCAUUCAUUCAAUGUAACAAAUUAUUUGAUUUCAAGGCCACAAACCUUGCUAGUCUGAUCAAGUCUAAUGAUAAACUGAACUCUACGAGGCUGCGAGUCGGCUCGCAUGAUAAUAUGCUCAAUAAAUCUUAA